CCUACACACCAGAAAAGACUUUUCCAGGGCAGGUUAUUCUGGAUGAUGGAAUUUAUCAAAUCUUCUGAAAUCACUGGUACCGGACAGUGUUGGAGAUGCGAUACCAAAUUAGAUGGAACAUCAAUUUCUUUCAGCAUGGCGCACCUUAACGUUUAUGUUUCAGAUUUCCAGCUGCUGUCAGUUCCUAGGAUUUUUAAACUCCUAAUAAACUAAAUCAUUUCAGGUGUAUUUUAUCUUGUGCUUUCACUGUACAUGCUACAGGUUUUGAAAUGUCACUGCUUGGAAAGAACUCUCUGGAGGCUCUGAGAACGUUAGCAUUUUCAGAAAACCCUGGCUUGCAACAGUCUGCUGCACUCUAUUACUUACACCUGAGCCAACACUUGAUCAGCCAGCUGACUGAAGAACAUUUGGAACCUUAUUAUGCUUUACUACAGUCCAGUGAUGUAGAGGUUCAACAGAUGUCUUCCUUGUCUCUUGUCAAUUUUUUGCUGGAAGGAAACAUAAACAGAGACCUAGUUGUCCAAAUGGGUUUACUCGAGCCAAUUCUGGAGCUACUUGAGUUGGGGGAUUCAACUGUCCAGUGUAACUCCUGCGCCUGCAUAAUGACCUUGGCUGCCUCAGAGUCCAACCGAGAGGCCAUAACUUCAGUAGGAGGAGUCAUACCUUUACUGGCGCUGGCCAACUCCUAUGAUCCUAGGGUUCAACAAAAUGCAGCUGGAGCUAUUCUUAACCUCACACAGUCAGAAUGGAUCCAACAAGUCCUGUGCAGGGAGGGAGCCCUCCCAGUUCUUACCUUGCUGUUAGAGUCUCCUGACUCAGAAGUGCAGUAUUACAGUUGUACUGCUCUAAGCAACCUGGCAGUCAACUCCCAUCACCAUGAAGCGAUGCUGAGAACUGGUGAAGGGUUCCUUCUGCGGACACUCAUUUCUCUCUUGUCUUCAUCUGUGGAAAAGGUUUCAAGCCAGGCUUGUGUUUGUUUGAGAAAUUUGGCUGUAAGUGUGCACAUCCAGGCUGACAUCAUUGCUAUGGAUGUCCUGCCCCAGCUGCUCUCCCUUCUUGCAUCCAGCAGUACAGACGUUCAGCAAGCUUCCAUUGCGCUCCUUUGGAAAUUAUCCCAGCACCCAGGCAACCAGGACACACUUACAUGUGCAGAGAUGCUGAACACCCUGGGCAAGCUACUGCUAACUCAUAAAGCAGACCCAGUGCUUGUUGGUCAUGCUGCCUGCAUAAUUAAAAACCUGAUCCUUCCCCAAAACAUGCAGAGAAUCAUGGAAAGCUCCUGUUCUGAAGGACUCCUCUAUACUAUCCUCUCUCCUGAUGUUCAAGAAGAACCUCUUCAUUAUGUGAUAGCUUGUCUUGCUGAGCUGGCAAAGCAUGAAGGAUCUGCCUUCCACAUGCUACAGUGGAUGGAUGAAUCCCUAAUAAAAUGCUUAGUGAAACUAGCUGGCCAACUGCAACAUACAGAGCCCUCAUUUCAAGCUGCGUCCAUUAUCCAGCAUGUGAUAUGUCAUGAAAAGGUGAGGUCUCUGCUGAAAUGCCACAUUAAGGAGAUUCAAUGCUACCUAAUGAAUUUUCUCACCCACCAAGAGAUUCGCUUUCAGCAGCUGGGCAUUUCCACCGUCUGCAAAUUACAGGAAGAUCCAGAAUUUUCAUUAGCCAUCAGGCAAAGUCAACUGAUGGAGCAUCUUGAGAGGGUCCAUCAACAGACAGAAGAAACGCAAAAGCUUCUAAGGGUGGUUAUCAACCACAUGGACAUUUAACUCCUUUGUUAGUCAGCCCAUGGAAGCUUUAAGAAGAAUGUACGCAGGGUCUGGUCUUCUUUCAGACUAGAUUUCAUGCUGCCCUAUUUGUUUACAUAAAGAGAAUGCGGUACAGUUACUUGUCUUUGUUCAAUGCCAGCUAGAGUUUGAACAAUGCUUCUAUGCAGUGGCCGAUGGCUUGCUCUUGACUUUAGAAUGUGUUUUGGACCAAAUCCUGAAGACUCUGAGUCUGAGUCAUCAUUGCUCCAGGGCUCUCUCUGCCAGCAGAACUGGUGCAGAGAAAACAGCAACUAUCACUCUAAGUCUCCUUGAUGAAUACUAUUGGUGCAAGGAUUCUUUCUGGCAGUUUUGGAGGGUCCCCUUGCACAAGUUUGCGCCUCAGUCUACAGAGCAGGCAGGGCAGGGGGAAGGGUCCUAAAGUUGCCCAGAUGUGAGAUAGAUGUGUCCAGUCCAGUCUUUCACCUUUAGUAAUUCUGCACUCCACAGAAUUCUGCAAAGAAGCUGGAGAAUACGGUCAUGGAGGCGUGGUGUGAGGCACCCCAUUGCAUCAUACUUACCUGUGUCAAGGGUGGAUCAAGAUGAAUAGGGAAAGUGCAGUGUCUUCUUUCAGUCUAUAGCAGUCGUCCAGGGAUGAUGCUCCCACUCAUGAUCUGACUGCUUCCUUGCACCCAUUGUUAGCACCCUGUAGUUCCAACCUCCAAACUGCAACUCUUGAAGACCUUUGAUCUCCCAAACUGCAUUAACAUAUUAAAAAUGCAAACUCCCCCCCCCCCCAAAAAAA